AUGGUCCUGCAGCAGCAGCAGCAGGACAGCAGCAGCAGCAGCGGGCGGUGGGUUUGCUGCGCUGCAGAGGGCCCCAGCAGCAGCAAGCUGCUCAGCCGAGAGAAAAGAUGGCAGCAAAACAGAAGCAGCAGCAGCAAAGGCCCAAAGCAGAAGCGGCAGCAGCAAAAGCCCAGAACAAAAGCAGCUCGAAGCAAACCAACGCAGCCAGCGCAGCAAAGCCCAGCUGACCCAGCAGCAGCAGCAGCAGCAGCAGCAGACAGCCGAGAGCAGCAAAACAGCAACAGCGGCAAACGGCCGAGAGCAGCAAAAGAGCAGCAGCAAACGGCCGAGCGCAGCAAACCAGCAGCAGCAAACGGCCAAGCGCAGCAAACCAGCAGCAGCAAGCGGCCGCGAGCAGCAAAGCAGCAGCAGCAGCAGCAGCAGCACCUGGAGUCCGCUUCUUUCCAGGUGCACAGCCAGCUCUCCACUCCUUUAUGA